AGGAGGCACGCUUUUUUUUCUAUAAAACCCCCCAGAAAAACUAGUACGAUGCACUUUAGAUCUGGAUCGCCACACCUACUCCUGUUAGUAAAGCAUCAAAUGUCUUUAUGAAGUCAGUGUCAUCAUGACUCUGUUAUGGAUCACAGUCUUUAUUCUUCAUCAAGGCUAUGCCUUAGUUCCUGUGGUCACUGUUCCGCUUGGCGAACCUGUAACUUUUACCUGUGCGGCUAUGAAGAAAUUCACAUCCAGAACAUGGAUUCACUGGUACAAGCAGAAUUCUGGAGAUACUCUGAUAAUUAUUGCAAUGCAGAGAAACAAAGUAGAUCACACUUAUAGCCCAGAAUUUCCUUCUUCAAGAUUCAAAGUUACAAAUGAUGAUAAAAUAGGCAACCUCACAAUUCUGAGGACAGUUGAACAAGACGAGGGAAUGUAUCACUGUGCUAUUAUGGACUGGACAGAGUCUACUUGGAUGGGGACGUAUUUGAUAGUAAAAGGAAACUCAAAGAAGACAUCCAGCUACACUGUUGUUCAGCAGUCAACAGCCUCAGAAUUGUCCCGUCCAGAAGACUCAGAGACUCUGCAGUGUUCAGUUCUCUCUGAGUCAGAGAACAAUUCAUGUUCAGAAUAUUUCAGCAUUUUCUGGUUCAAAGCUGGAUCCAACAGAUCCUAUCCAAAUAUCAUCUACACUGAUAGUAAAAGAGCUGAUAACUGUGAGAAAAUUCCAGACGCCCAAACAAAAUGUACCUAUAACUUCCCCAAGAACAUCAGCUCCUCUGAUCCUGGGACUUACUACUGUGCUGUGGCUACAUGUGGAGAAAUCUUAUUUGGAAAUGUCAUCAGAGAGGAAGGAGGUCAAACAUUAUGGUACAAACAUACGACUUUGCUCAUAACAAUAACCCUUUUGGCCAUUUCUGUGAUCGUACAUAUAAUCUUGAUCUUCUAUCGAACUCAAGCCUUUCCAUGUCAAAUAGUUAAAGAAAGCCCCUCAGAAGUGGAACGCAACAACUUGACCCAACAAAGAGAUGAAAUUCUUGAUAAAGGACAGGAUCUGAGUUACUCUGCAUUACAUUUUUCUGGAGGGAAAAUACCUAGAGGAACCAAGAAGAGGGAACUGAAGACAGAAGAAAUGGUGUAUUCAGAAGUCAGACCAUCAGGUUAAAUGGAUGUUGAGAUGAAACCAUUAAUUUUUCCAUUAGUCUUCCCAACUUUUUCCCUUUUUUUAGAGAAAUAAUUUUACAUAUGUCAGAGGUCAUUGCAAGACCAGAACCAUGUCUAUUCAGGACCAUUUACAGUUAUUUAUAGAUCCUGAAAGAAUGGAGUCUAAGCUUUCAAAUAAUGUCAAACUUAUGAACAAUGAAGAAUAUAUUACUAUUUGAAUGUUGGCAUUCAAUUCAUUCAGGGACCAAAGGAAAUUUGACUGGGGGUUGAAUAUGGCUGGAGAUAAACUCACGUUUGAGGGGGCUGUUGUUAAUCCUUGUAUCCAGUUUGUGGGGAAUUAAUCCAGAGGAGACGGAACUCGUUUGAGAGCGGACAGCCAGACAUACGUUGGACCCAGAGGAGUAAAGGAGCGGACUGUCACUUGGUUUUCCGAUGAGAACUUGAGCGGAUCUUGUGGAGGUUUACCACUGCUCAGUGUGUACUCAGUAAUCCUUCCAGGGGGAGAAGGUCCAGGUUAUCCAGUUACACAGGAAAGGCUACUUGCCGAAGAGCAAAGACAAAAACAAGAGUAGACUCAGAGAAACAAAGCUUCAGUUAGGCUCUGCUAAUCUCAGCUUGGCUAGAGUACCCAAAACUGGCAAACACUCUGGUAUCAAGGUAGUGACAGGCUGCUGCUCAAAUACUCCUCCAGUAAUGAUCCAACGAGCCGCAGGUGUGCAGGGAGGCCCAACGAGGAACAGGGUACCACCUGGUGGUGGAGAGAGGAAAACAUAAAAACAACCCACACAAACUGGUUCCUAACACAUCUGAAGCCAGCUGUGUAGCAAAAGUUGCUAAUUUUAGUACAUUUGCAUACCAUACCUCCCUCAGAUGUACUUACAAAGAGAAGCUUCAUGUCAACAAAAUGCACUAUUUUUCUAUGUAAAGGUAAUUUACAGCAACUUAUUGCAAAAUUUGUGUGACAUAUGUGCGUUUCACAGACAGGAAUUUUUUUAGAUGUUCAAAUUUUUUUACCACAAAAUUAAAAGCAAGACAUUCAAACUAAUCAACAAACUUUACCACUUAAAGUGUUUUACCUUUGGAUUUUUUUGUAGUCUGCAACUUGCAUCAUGAUUGCAAUUUAAUCUAAAAUUAACAUUAACAUCGGUUAAGUUUUUAAUUGACAUAAUGUAACCUGUCAAUGUAUUCUGGACUUUUGUCAGCAACUGACCAACCGGUGAUCACGAUUUGUCCUUUAGUAAAAUGUCCCUCCCCUACAGGAGCAAUUGUGUCUCUCUCUUUUGUCAACAUUUCAGGAUUUUGCAUUUGAAAGGAAUAGCAGACAUGGGAAUUUUGUUAAAAAUACAUUUUAUGAAAUGCUCAAUAUUUAAAAAAAUAAUGCAAUUCAGACAUGCUUAUACCUUGAAGUAUGUACUGGGUAGAACACAGUUCAUUUUAUUUCCAAAACCGAAAAUGGAGUCUUAAAGAGUAUACAGAUAAUUCUUUGUUAUUUUGCCAUAAUUGUUUGCUUAUUUCAGCUUGGAAAAAGCCUGCUUUCCCUGACUGACAACAAACAUGUGAAAAUAAAUGUCAUCAAGGACAAUAUGCUGCUAUGGGUUGCAAAUGAGACACAGCCAUUCAUGUGGUAAUAACAUGCUUAAGUUUUUCCCCCUUUUACUUAUAUACUACUUUAUCUUCCACUAUUCACAACUUGAAAUGACAUCUGUGUCCUUUAUUAUUCUUCCUCUACCUGUGCAAAGAGUGAAGUUUAGUUUGAAUUGUUUUUGUUACUUCUUUGAAAUUACU